AUGAUAUCAACGAGUAUCGUAUGUCCUCCUUCUGUGGAGUUUGGGCUUCGUUUAAUUGGCGUAUGGCCGGGCACGUCGUACGCAUUUUCCCGCAAAUUUCUCAGUAUACUCUCGAUGGUGGUGUUCCAAAUUUGUCAGUAUCAGUAUGUGAUUAAACACUUCAGCAAAGAAGAUUUAUUAGUCCUUAUAGAUGUUUUAAGCGCGACUCUGGCUUAUAGUCUUUUACUAAUUAAACUGAUUAUUUUCGCGUUUAAAACUCGUUUAUUAAACGAAAUGAUAGCGUCCAUGGUUGAAGAUUGGGAUGCGCGCGACGUUUCUGACGAUCUUACGAUGACCAGGAUGUCUCAUAUCUCUCGUCGAUUCUCAAAUUUGAUAAUUACCUGCAAUGCAACGUCAGUGGUCUUUUAUGCGAUUGGCACACUUUUGAGGCAUACGAGCGGCAAUGAGACAGACGCUCGAGAACUUCUCCUUAAAAUGGAGUUGCCUUUUGAGAUCGACAACGUACUGGUGUACGUGGCUAUUCUUGUCACACAGUUUAUCCAUCAAACAAGCGCAGCUAGUAUAACGUGUGUGUUCAGUUGCGUGUUAAUAACGCUGGUUCUUCACGUAUGCGGACAGAUCGAUCUAGUGCGACUGAAGCUGAAUGAAAUUACGAAAAAAGACAUCGAAAGUCAUAUGAUCGAGAAUAUUAUAAAAACUCUGAUCGUUCGGCAUCAAAAAAUCAUCAUCUUCUCCAAAAAUAUCGAGAAUCUUUUUUCGAACAUCGCGCUGAUGCAGUUUAUAUCGAAUACUUUAAUUAUCUGUUGUUUAGGAUUUCUCAUUGUAAUCUCUAUCGGUGCUCCGAACGGAACGACAAUGGUAAUAAAGUGUUUGUUAUUUUAUAUUAUUAUUAAUAUGGAGGCGUUUAUAUUUUGUUUCAUAGGAGAAUAUCUCAGUAAAAAAAGCAAAAUGAUCGGCGACGCAGCUUACGAGUCAGUUUGGUACGAUCUAACGCCGACUCAGAAUCGACUCGUUUUAUUUAUGAUCGUAAGAUCGCAAAAACAUUUGACGCUCACGAUCGGUAAAAUCAUGGACGUGUCUUUGCAACAAUUUACCAGCAUUGUGAAAGCCUCGGCUUCAUACGUGUCUGUGUUACACGCAUUGUAUUGA